AUGGGUCACUUCAUUAGUCCUGUUCAGGAUUUAGUGGAGCAAGGACCAGAAAAGUACAAAAUGUUUAAGGUUACAGUAUUCUUAAUGGCAAUAUUUUCAGCUUUAUGCGCUGAGAUACCGUCUGCUAUCUCUUUAGAGUCUACUUUCAAACCUGAUGUCGCAGAACGAAUUGAAACUCAUCCUAUAUAUCAAAAACAGGUGAUAUCUGAAGAAAAUCAUCCUAUAUAUAGAGGGGAAGAACAUAGGAAUAUAGGGCGCGUCAGAGUGGAACCAGUAAGAUCCCUAGGGAAUAUUGUGAAACAUGAUAUGUUGUCUGACGAGCCUGCUCCAUCAGUGGCCACUGAGGUUAAUAGAAUCGACGAAAAUUUCGGUUUCUCUGGACCGAUGGAAGUUGCUUACCCUGAUAUACCUUACGCGCCUGGAUACGGUUAUGGAUAUGCAUCACCGAAUAAUUACGAUGUUUACGGUAGUAGCCCUGCUGAUUAUUAUAUGGAACCUGACACGUCUACUUUUGGCCUGCUUUGGAGUCAAGUGCCUGAUGCUAGAACCAUGGUGAAUUAUGCGGGAAAGACUUUUAGUUGGAUAUUGAGUAGUGUAUUCGUUUUAUUACUUGGUUCAUUCCUCACUGUUGGAUUCUGUACUUACACAAAUCUAUGUAAGAUAACGAUCAAUGGAGUCGGGCCCAUACACGAGGAGAUGAGAGCCCUAAUGACCCCUGAGAGAUUGGAAAAAAUCAGUACCGCAGCGAACUUUGUGAAAACUGCUAUCGAUAAAUACCAAAAGAUUCAACGUGUGCCGGAACCGGGCACGAGAAAACGACGUGCGAUUGUG